CAGGAAGUUUGUGGAUUUGAGGAGAAACUAAACCUAUUUCCAUGUUACACACGCAUCUGCUUAAGGAUCCACACUGUUCUAGUUUGGUUAAAUCUGUAAAGGAGCGAAUUUUUGACUUAUUCUGUCAAAGCAGGCUACUCCUUCAGAAAUGGCUGAAUCUGCAGUGAGUCAUGUGGAUCAGUUCAGCUGUCCAGUCUGUUUGGAUCCUCUGAAGGAGCCGGUGACGAUUCCCUGUGGACACAGUUACUGUAUGAGCUGUAUUACUGACUGCUGGGGCCAGAAGGAGCAGGGGCCGCCGUACCGCUGUCCCCAAUGCAGAGAGAGCUUCAGUCAGAGACCUCUACUGAAGAAGAACACUCUGAUAGCUGAGAUGAUGGAGACGCUGCAGAAGACGUCCCUACAAACGGCUGCUGUGGAGUGUGAUGUUUGCACUACAGAGAAGAACAGAGCUGUAAAGUCCUGUUUGCAGUGCUUGGCCUCCUUCUGUCAAACUCACCUGCAGCUUCACUAUGAAUCUCCUGCGUUUAUGAAGCACAAACUAGUCGAAGCUUCCAGAAACAUUCAGGAGAACAUCUGCCUCAGUCAUGGGAAACUUGUUGAGUUUUACUGUCAGGAUGAUCGUCAAUGCAUUUGUUGUUUCUGUAUGAUUGACAAUCAUAAAAACCAUAAUAUGGUGUCUGUGGAUUCAGAAUGGACUAGUAAAAAGAAAGAGUUAAAGGAGAUAAAGGUGGCGUGUCAGAAGCUGAUCCAGGAGCGAGAGAGAGGUCAGCGGGAACUCAGUGAAGCUGUGAAGUCUUUUAAAAGUUCAGCGCGAGAGACCAUAGAGAACAUUGAGAAGGUCUUCACUGAGCUCAUCUGCUCUCUUGAGAAGAAAUGCCGUGCGAUUAAAGAGCAGAUCAGAGCUCAGGAGAAGACUGAGAUAGAUCGAGCAGAGGAACUUCACAAACAUCUGGAUCAAGAGCUGACAGAACUCAGAAAAAGACAAGCAGUGAUUGAGAAACUCCUGAUUACUGAUGAUCAGAUCCAGUGUCUGAAGAGCUGUCAGUCGGUGUGUGUUUUACCCACAUUUGAAGAUGUUACCAGCAUUACUCAACACACUCACCUCUCUUUUAAAGACAUUUCAGUCUCAGCAUUUAAGGAGGUUUUGGAGGAUGUCUGUCAACAGCAAACAGCAAGAAUAUACCGAGAAGUGUCAAAUGUCCAUGUUGCAAAGUCUCCAGAACCAAAGACCCAAAAUGAUUUUUUGCAGUAUUUCUGUGAACUUCACUUGGAUUCAAACACUGCACACAAAAACCUUGAACUGUCAGAAAAGAACAUGAAAAUAUCAGGUUCAGAUAAAGAUCAUCAAUAUCCUGAUCACCCAGAGCGAUUUGAUGGGUCUAAUUAUAUCUUGUGUCGAGAGGGUUUGUACGGUCGCUGUUACUGGGAGGUCGAGUGCAGUGAGGACGACUGGUCUGUAGCAGUUUGUUACAAAGGAAUUAGACGUAAAGGAAGCAGUGAUGACUGCAAUCUUGGCACCAACAAAAAAUCCUGGAGACUGGACUAUUAUCAGCAUAAGUUCACUUUCAGUCAUGAUAAUGCAAAAGUCCCUAUCCCUGCUGUCUGCUCCUCUAGAAUAGGAGUGUUUCUGGAUCACAGAGCAGGAACUCUGUCCUUCUACAGUGUCUCUGACACAAUGUCUCUCCUUCACCGAGUCCAGACCACUUUCACUGAACCCUUAUACCCUGCAUUUCUAAUUGGAAAAGGUUCAUCUGUCAGGAUCAUAGAGCAUAAAAAAGACCAAUUAUAAAAAAAAAACAAUCACAAUUAAUUAAAAAAAUAAAUUAUACAAUAAAUUACCUGAACUAUUCACAAAUGCAAAAGGUCAGUACUGUCUAUACAGUACAGGGUAAAUUAACAAUACAUUUUCCACACUAAAUCUCAAAAAUGAAAUGGUUAUUAUUUAUUAAUCCUUGUUUGAAAAUCUGAAAAUCAACGGUUUUGACAUUUAUUUAAUCAGUUGGGAUGUUAAAUUAUCAAUUUUUUUGUCAGCAGUGAUUUGUAGAUUUGUUUUAUGUUUGAUUUUAAAGGUUCUUAUGUAUAUUUUUAAUAAGGAAUUUGUAGAUAACAUAAUUGAUUUAGAUUUAAAUGGUGGUUGUUUUUUUAUUUUGAAGUGAAAUGUUAUUGUGAGACUCUUUAAGUAAAAAUGCCCAGUGGGGCAGAAAACCCCCAGUGGCCUGAUGUUUUUUUAUCAUUUAAUUUUAGAAUUAUUAUGAUUCAUGGAAUUAUUAUUUAAUAAUUCUAUUAAUUAGAUGCACAUUCAGGCAUCUUUAUUAUUUGUCAUAAUAUGUAGGCUGAAUAAGUUCAGUUAUUUUAAUCUAAAUGCAUUGUUUAUUGCCAUUAUUAUGACAUUCUUUCAGCUAAAAAUACAGGCCUGUGUAUAAUUUAGAGAACUGCAUAUUGUAGCCUAAUUCAGAUGUUUUUUGUUGUUGUUGUUGUUGUCAUUUAGGUUGUCAUUUAAUCCAUCUUUAUUCAAUUGUUUAACUAAAUUGUCAAAAUACAUAGAUUUACAUAGAAUAGUUAAAUUAGCUGCGAUAAUUUAGCAGAAAAGCUUUUUACCACAAUAGAAGAUCAUCCCUCAUGGAAAGAAAAUAUAUUUCCCUAUAUAUGAAUGAUCAAUAUAUUACAUGAUUUGACAGUAUAUUUGAAAAUAUACAGAAAAAUAUAUUGCAUAAAUAUAUUACAAUAUAUUGAAUAAUAUACAAGGAA